CAUCUCUCAGGGAAGUAUCAUGCAGUCAGACACUCAACAGCGCCCAAAGAAGAGAUGGAAUACCGGGAUAAUAAGUAUGCCCCUCGUCUUGAAAGAGAGCCAACGGUCCUUUUCCCUUGGACUUUCAACCUUCAGGGUCGCUACCGAGAUGGCUGACUUGACCCUCGAACUCAAUGCUUCCAUGGGCUGCCUCUUCAUAGGUGUCGUCCUCAGUGUCGCAUUCUACGGAACGCUAUGUGCCCAGCUCCUGUACUACUGCUGGAACUACCGAAGCGACGCCCGCACCCUGAAGCUCUGGGUGUUCGCUAUGUGGGCCGUACAUUCUGCAGGUAUGGUAACAGAGAUACAUCAAGUUUGGUUUUACCUUGUCGCACGGCACGGCAACAUAUUCGGCGACUUAGACCUUGAUCCUUUGACCGGCGCUCAACAGCUGUUAUCCCGCAUUGUGGAACUCUCCGUACAAUGGUAUCUCCUUCUCAAGAUAUGGCAGCUCCUAUAUGCUAGACGUCACAAAUUGCUUCAUGCGGUCGUUUGCGGAAUGUUGUUCUUGAUCUGUGUAGGAUCAUCAAUCGCUAUAAUAUAUCGCAUCUUCCCUCAUAAAAGUAUUGACGGAGCGGCCAAACGUGUGCUAGUACCAGCCUACUGGACGCUGGCGUCUGCCUUCGCCAUGGACUCAUACAUAACUUGCGUGCUGUGUUAUAUUCUGCAUCAGCGUAGGAGCGCAUUUCGACGCACCAACGCCAUUUUGGAGAAACUUAUCGUUUACACCAUUAACCGCGGUAUACUACUAUGCUCGUUUCGCAGCCUGCUUUCAUUACUCUGUAUCAUAUUAUUACCGAUAGACGGGCGACGUGGCAGUGACUACAGCGAGAUAGUCUCCGUACCCGAAGCUGCCUUGUACGUCAACUGUUUGAUGGCAGUUCUGAACGUUCGUAAUCAUCUAGGCCAACUAGAGGUAGAGACGGGGCACGGAACGGUUGAUUUUCCUCAGGUCCAUGUGUCCAGUUCAGCGCCGCGAAGUCGAUACGGAGCCUGCUCAACGCACCAGUAGCAACGAAGGCUCUCGUCCGCUACAUCCAUGACACCGGCCUCUUCACAGCCACCGUGUACGGCGACUUGUCGCAGGCUUGGGGAGAGGAAGGAGAAGAAUACUUUGACGAAGAAAAAUCGGACGUGGACAAGAGAAUGACCAGCAGGAACUUAGCUGAGCAGGCGGUAGACGGAUGGGUUUACGGUGACAGUCAGUCAUGGUUUCUCACUUCUUUUGCUUCAUACCCUACUACACAUUACUCCCG